GUCAGUAGUUGCUAGGAAAUAGUUGUGACAAGUGUAAUAAUGGACAGGCAAAUGUUACUUUUAUUGAUUGGAUUGUGUGCAUUUCGAUCGGUAUUAGCACAGAACGAUUUACAGAUUAUGAUCGAUAAUAUUGACGUAAAAGUAAAUGAAGAUUACAUUGGAACUUGUAAUAUAGAUCCUUGCGAGAACAGCGAUAUGAUACCCAUGCUAACUAUCGAUUGUGAUUUUGUGGAGGAAAUACCAGAAGAUGCAAUAUUACAUUCUGUUUUAUAUGGAAUGAUUAAUGGUGAGCCUACUGAUCCAACUGGUGUUGAUAUAGAAAUGAAUACAUGCCAAAUGAUAAACGAUACUAUGAUUAUGGGUCCGAUUAUUAAGGCAAUGAACAUGUCCGCAGCAUGUCCAAUGCAACCGAUGAAAAUGUCUCUCAAUUGUUAUGCUGUACAAAUGGAUGAAUUUCCUGAUUAUUUUCCAUCUGGUGAAUACAAUUUCAAUAUUGUUUUGGAUUAUGAAGAUGUUAAUAUCAUAACAUUGGAUAUAUUUAUGACUUUUUAUUGAUACAAUUUCUUAUUGUUUCUCACUUCUAUUUAUUUCGUUAGUAUUUUUAUCAAUUAAUAGCAAGUAUUUUGUAAAAUAAAUGGUUAAUAUAUAUGAAUAUUUUGGUCAGUAUAAAUAAUUAAAUGUCAGAUUUGAAUCAGGAUUGCGUCAUUUAUGUUACGUACUGAUAUUUUAUUGGAAACAUUAACCAUUUCUUUAAAAUAUUGAUCAAAUGUUUAAAAAUACUAACCCAAUAAAUAGCAGUUAUUAUUUUUGAAUGUUACUGUAAUGUUUCUCGCGAUAAUAUUAUAACAUUCUUCUUUAUUAAUAAUCCCACGAAUUUCCUCUGAUACUAACACCUCUAUGUAACUUGAAUACAGAAUUACACAAAUUUGACUUCUUUUCAAUUUCAUUAUAUAUUCGAUAACAGAAGAGCGAAAUUCAUUCCGUGAUAUGCGUAUACUUACAUGCAUGUAUUAUGUAAAAUACAUAUCUACAGUAAUUAAUUGGACUCGAAUGUUAAUUAACUCUU